AUCCCUCAUCCAACAGGGCUGAUGAAUAAUAAAGGAAUGGGGGGUUCUUCAACUGGUCAACCCUCUGCCCAUCCAUUGCCCCCCCCCAAAAUUAGAGCAAGUGGCUUGACUGGCUUCACUGGAGAUUUAAUAGAAUCCAUGAGAAAAUGAGUGCCUGCCUUACAAAUAGGGGCCUCACAGCCAGUCCUAGGCAUGUCUGAGGCUGAGAAGACAAGGGAAUCUGGAAUUAUUUUCCACGGGACCCAGUUUCCCCAUCUCCCCAUCUUGCAUUGACCUGAUGGGUGGGGUGGGUUCAAGCUUCACCUGGAUGCAGAGAUCAUGGGUAGAGGUCCUGGUCCAGAGGUGGGAGAUGAACAAAAUUUUAGAGUUCUAGUUAUCUCACAUAAUGAAAAUUGCUUUGGCUGAGGUUACAGGGUCUUUUCUUCAUUUCCACUUUCAGAUCUCAAAAUGUCCACCAAAGGCCUACCUCUUGAAAAAGGAGAGUUCAAAUAAGGGGAAAGGGAACAGGGCUUGGGCCAGCCCGAAUGUAGUAAUAUUUUAGGUGGCUCACCCCCACACCUCUACUAAUUAUCUCACUGAUCAGAACUGUGUCCCCACACUUGUCUAGCUGCAAGAGAGUCUGGGAAAUUUGUAAUUUGAAUAUACAUCUCUAAUUGGUUCUUUUGGCCCUGACAGAGUAUGCCCCUCCCCUGUAGAUCUUUCCCUCCGGGAUGGACCCUCCCCGCCUCCAGACCCACCGAGUUGAGUUGAAGCUAUCAUAGAGGCUUCUUGGCCACAAAGCACUCACGAAACUGGUUCAAAUGGCCCUGACAGGUCAAACUUGACCCUUCCCUGCACACACAGUCCUGUCCCAAGCACAGGUAAUAGAGGUGCAGCGAGACUCGCGAGCCCGCCUUGUGGACACGUGGCAGGUGUCUGCAGCACCACCUAGGCAGUUGGGCCAGGAGCCAGCGACGGUUGGUGUCGCAGGGCGGGAAGGCCCACGGGGCGGUGGCUGCGCGUGCCUAGUGCCCCGCCCCCCCAUACCUUGUCUCAUCACUGCUGUCAGAGCUACCCUCUACGUCCCAGUGCCCUGCUGCUCCCGGACUCAGAUCUAUUUAUAUCUCUUCCCUGAGUUGCCUGUGUGAGACAUGGAGCUGCCACUGCCACCUAGUGACCAAGAGUUGGGCCUGGGUACCUGGAGCCCCGACUCCCAAAAAGAGAGGCACGAGGCUUCGGAACCCAGCAAGGAUGUUGCCAAGAAGUUGCCCGAGUACAAGGCAGUGGUGGUCGGUGCAAGUGGCGUGGGAAAGAGUGCACUGACCAUCCAGAUGACCCACCAGUGCUUCGUGGAGGACUAUGAGCCUACCAUCCAGGAUUCCUACUGGAAGGAAGUAGCCCUGGGCAAUGGGGGCUACAUUCUAAAUGUGCUGGACACAGCAGGGUAAGACAUCUACAGGGCCCUACGGAACCAGUGCUUGGCAGCUGGUGAUGGCAUACUGGGUGUCUUCGCUCUUGAUGACCCUUCAUCUCUGGAUCAGCUGCAGCAGAUGCGGGCCACCUGGGGCCCUUGCCACACUCAACCCCUCGUCCUGGUGGGCAACAAGUGUGACCUUAUGACUCUUACUGGAGGGGCCCAUGCCACUGCUGCAGCCCUCGCCCAAAGCUGGGGGACUCCCUUCGUGGAGACCUCAGCCAAGAUACGGCAAGGUGUGGAGGAAGCCUUUUCCCUGCUCAUCCAUGAGAUCCAGAGGGUCCAGGCAGCCAUGCUGGAGGCCGGUGGGAAGAAGGCCCACCAUCAGAAGGCUGUGUGUGUCUGCGGCUGCUCUAUGUCCUGAAGAUCUCCGUCAGGAAAAGCAGCCCCUCCCCAGGCCAGGGUGCGAUUCCCUUGACAGAGAUACCUCAAGAGCAACUAGUAACAAGGACACGCACUGUUGAUAGGGAUACAUGGACACUCUUCUUCUUUCAUUUGUUGAGGAGCUUUUUGGUGACAAGGGGGUGUCUAGUGUUGGCUGUGUUGUCAGUUUGAGAAAUUUUGU